GCGACGGGACAACCCUCCGUUUAAAAAAAAACCGAAAGCCGGAGGAUGGAGAGAGAGCGUGAAGCCGGGCGUCAGAGGGAGGAAGACAAAUAAACCGGGAGGAAAAUCGGAACAGAGAAGGAAAAUAAGAUCGGGCGGGGGGAUAGAGAGUGUGAAACCGGUUGAUAAAUAAAGAGAGACAGAGAGCCCUAGGGCAGGCGUGGGCUCGGGACAUGGCCACCGAGUUGAGCGGGUGGCUGAACCCGGUGGACAGUGACAUUGGCGGCGGGUCCUGGGACCUGGACCGGGACUUAGAAUCAUUACUGUUUGAUGAACUAAAUGAUUCCAGUGAUGUGCUUGAAGCUUUGAAAAAUCCAUUUGAUAUGGACAUGGAAAUUGACUUCAGUUUGGAAGUCUCACCUUGGGAUGAUGAUCCUUGGGGACCAACAUGCAACAUGUCUCCAGGCACGCAGAUCAUGUCUGAGCCUCAGUCUCCAGCUUCGAGCUGUUCAAUGACUUCUUCAGAUUCAAUUUUGCAAAACGAAGAACUACUGUACACCUUAUCAUGUCAGUCUUCUCCAGUUUCACCAUGGAGUAAGACCAGUGAUUGUUCUUCUCCAUCAAGAGAGUCAAAGGUGACAAGCUCCCUUGAAGUUAAGUGUGAAGAGUCUGUACCAGUGAAUGUCACGUCAAAUAUUUCAAAACAGAAACCGAUUCAACCGAAGCCCAUCCUCAUUCCAGCAUUAUCUGUGUCACAGUCUAGCCCAACACUCGCUGGAAAAACGAUUAUAAUUCACCCGGUUCAAAAUGUGGUAUCUGUUUUAAAACAACAACCAGUAAAAAUCUGUCCGGUUCCUUCUGGUCAACCAAUUGUGAUCCCUCAGUCGGCUGUGGUACAGCUUCAGCCCCAAAGUCUUCCUGCUUCUCAACCAGUUUUAAACAUGGCUGGUGGAGCCAAUCGUGUUAGCACAGCUCCGCUUAGAGUGCUGACACCUGCAAACAAGAGCACUAUGAAUGGAAAUGCUCCAGUGGGAAAAACUGCCAACUCAACACCUGCACAUGCUGCACCCAUCAACAGGAAGCCAGAUGUAAAUGCAUUAAGACGACAAGAAAGAAUGAUUAAGAACCGUGAAUCAGCAAGCCUGUCCCGGAGGAAGAAGAAGGAAUAUCUGUUGAAUUUGGAGUGCAGGCUUCGAUCUGCACUGCUUGAAAAUGCAAAGCUAAAGAAUGAAAAUGGUUUUCUUCAAAAACAGCUUCAAGAGUUGAUGUCAGAGAAUCAGCAACUAAAAGUUACUACUCCAAAGCGAAGAGCUGUAUGUGCCAUGGUAUUGCUGGCAUUUAUUGCACUCAGUUAUGGUCCUGCAAGCAUUUGGGAGAAGCAUUCUGGUGCACUUCAGUCCAGUGGCAGUCCUGCUACUCACAGUAGACAUCUUUUGGGAUUUUCUGAUGAAAACCGAGCCGGAAGCUUUCAGGAAAGAACUGAAAAGUUUACAGAGGAGAACUACAGAAAUGGAAUUUCAAUCUCCGAUAAAAAAGAUCUAAUGGUGGUUAAGAAGGAGCCUCUUCUCUUUGUCAAACGAGCAUGCCAUCCACAAGUUAAUAGGACAGAAUCACUGAGACUAGCAGAUGAACUCCGUGGGUGGGUACACCGACAUGAAGUUGUCAGAGUGAAAAUGAGAAAAGGAUCCAAAAUGUUUCAUAAAAUACGAACAGUGUCGAAAUCUACUGAUAAGAAGACUGAUAUAGCCCAGUAUGUUACCGGGAUGUACACAAACAUUGAUAAGAAAGACUCAGGGAGUGAAUUGCAAGUGUAUUACGCUCCAGAUGAACGUUAUCCAAACUUUUUUGAAGCUAUUCGUAGGAGAGGCGAUACCUUUUAUUUGAUAUCAUUUAGAAGGGAUCACCUUUUGCUACCAGCUAUUAGCCAUAAUAAGACAACCAGACCGAAAAUGUCUCUUGUACUACCAGCAAUGAAAGUGGGUGAAAGUUUCAUCAAUGACCCAAAAGAUCAUGAGGUAAUGAUGCAGAUUGAUUGUGAGGUGAUGGCCACCAGAAUUAUUCACAUAAAGUCAUCAUCUAUACCUUCCUUUCUGCAAGAGCAGCGGGAAAAUCACACUAAUUCGUACCAGCGUCCAUCACCUGCGCCGACCCAUGCAGCACCGCACAUCAUCACAGAGACCCAUGGGACUGGGUUCAAACUUUACCAAUAGUGCUUGGUUUAAAGCAUAUAACAUCUUGAAUGACUAGAUUGUUUUCCAAAGGGUCAUAGGGUCAACUUAGAAUCUACAGUGACAUGUGAGUUAAUUUCUGUAUAAUUUGGAAAACAAAAUUAAUAGAGAAGAUUUUUUUUAAUUUGUUAAAACCUUAGCUGAUGUAGUACAACUUAAAAACAAAAACAGAAAUUGCUGCAAAAGCUCAGCAGGUCUGGCAGCAUCUAUAGAGAGAAAUCAAGUUAGUUUUUCGGGUCCAGUGAGCCAAGUUCUGAGGAAAGGUCAUGGACCCAAACAUUAACCCUGAUUUCGCUCCACAGAUACCACAUGACCCGCUGAACUUUUCCAGCAAUUCCUGCUUUUUUUUCCUCUGAUUUCCAGCAUCCGCAGUUCUUUCAGUUUUCAGUCCAACUUAACUCAGUUUGAUCUAUGUUAGGUGAUUGUGAAUAUCCACCUAAUUUUUUUUACACAAGUCUAAUUAAAUUUGGGCAGUUUAAAACAGAAAGUUGCUUCGAACAGAUUGUACUUGUGAAAUGCUUGAAGGGGAAACCAACUAUAUCCAUUCUGUGAAAGCAAUAUUACUAAACAUUCUUUUAAUCUUCUGCAAAAUUGCUGUUACCAAAGCCAGCAUACCUAUACAGUAAUUCAUCAGUGUAGCUUGAAAUCAAAAUAUCACAUGGCUACGUGAAAUGAACUCUAAUGCAUCUCAAAAAAAAUUCAAAGACCACUAAAGAGCUUGAUUUCUUUUAAUUCUACUAAUUAAUUAGCAGUUAGUGGAAUAUGAAUGUCCAAUUUUGAAAGCUAAUGUUUUUUAUUGACAAGAAAAGCAGCUGUCCAUGAUUUCAUUCUGUUGCUUUUAUAUCAUUGAUAUUUGUCAAUUCAAUGGAGGCUAGAUCUGUGAUUGCAGCACUUGAAAAAUAUGCUGAAUGACCUGAAGAAGGCCAUGCACAGCAAUGAUGUGAAUGAAUUCUUUAAAAAUCACUGUGGGAGAUUUCAGGUCCAUUCAACACUGGACUUAUUUCCUCCUCUUACCUCCUCCAAUUCUGGUUAGACUCUCUCUGGAGUAUAAACCAAGGUUUCUUAAGAACUCAGGUAACUUGUCCUACUUGUUUUCGUUGUUUAAAUGCAAGCCAAGUGAGUCCAGGCUAUUUGUUCCUCUUCACACACCACACAAAAGGCCAUUACUACAUGAUUUGAUGGCUCUCUACCUGCAGGGCAGAAAUCUUGAUUAACUUUUCUUUGAGCCUGGCAAUGCUGCAGCAAUUUUGUCAUUUUCCAUCAUUGUCCAGGCUGGUAUGAAGCAACUUCACACCACUGAACAAUAAUCAGUCCUCAGUCACUUGCAUCAGUAUCAUAGCAUAUUAUAAUGUGGUUCAUGGGCAUUUAAAUUUAAUUUUGAAUUUCCAGUUGCCUUAACUAUUCUUGUCGAGACUUAGCAGUUAAAUAGAAUAUUCUGUACAAUCAAAUGUAAAUUGAAACACUCAUAUCCAAUAUUUUGAUGAAUUCACCAGUUCACUGGAGUUUAUUAGUUCCUUUGUGAGUGAAUAGCAGGAUUGAUUAAUUGAGGCUCAGUGUUUGCAUUUUUGUCUCAAAAUGCACAUCCCUUCCUCACCCCAUUAUCACCAAGAAUUCCACUUAGCAAACCUAAUUGGUCUCAUUCCAGUAACUUAUUAUUUGAAGUUAAAAAUCACACAACACCAGGUUAUAGUCCAACAGGUUUAAUUGGAAGCACACUAGCUUUCGGAGCGACGCUCCUUCAUCAGGAGCGUCGCUGUUGUGAUUUUUAACUUUGUACACCCCAGUCCAACACCGGCAUCUCUGAAUCAUUAUUAUUUGAAUGCACUCAUUCCAAAGCCAACAACAUGUUUUUUUUGUUUGUUGUUCACACACACUACCCAAGAUUGUUCAAGGUGCAGCCUGAGAAAACUGAUUGUGCAUGCUAAGUUCAGGGAUUUUUAAUUUGUUUCUUACCUACAGCUCAAGAAUUGUGAACUUUUAAAUAAUGUUGCACUUAGCUACAUUUUUGAUGUUCAUGCUUUCCUCCUUGAUAUCAUUUACUUUGAGAUUCAGUCUUUCCAGCUAGUUCUGGAGAAGCUGUGAAGUUGCAAAUGUUCUUAUGCAAUAUUAAAGUUUAUCGUUGGUUUUGUCAAGAAAUUCAUGUCUGCAUUUACAACAUCAUUAAAAUUGAUGUUCUGUGGUAAACCUUGUGACAUCUUCAUGACCUGUUGUUGAACUUAGGUUUUCUUUUGCUUUCGCAAGUGCAAUGCAAAAGGACUCUAUCCUUUGGAUCAUGAUCAACUGACACCAAAGUGAGUCUAAUGUCUCUUAUACACAGAGCAUGUUUCCUGAUAUGAAUUUCAAGAAGACUGAAAUUUGCAGCAGGAGUAAAAGCUUUCAGAAGAUCUUAUGGUAUUGGCCUUUGUUUUGGGAGCCACCUCCAGCUUUGAGGAAGGGAGCUUAACCACGAAUCAUUAUAACAUUGGUUUAUUAAAGGAGAUAGUUGUUGGCUGUCUAUAUAAUUCCAAAUCUGGACCAUUAAAUUCUCUGUCAUCAUCAUCCCACUUCCUCAUGCCAAAAAUAAAACUCCCUUUUUGCUUGAACUGUGGCUUUGAUCAAUAUCCAUGAGCGAGCACAUAAAGUAUGCUUAAAGAAAUGCACCCCAAAUACACAAUCUUGACUGUACAAGUUCUGAUGUUUAAUUGAAGGUAUCUUGCAAAUGCUUUUACUUGAUUUCUUUUCACUGCAGUUUUAUGUUCUUGCAAACUUGAAAGAAGAACAAAAGUUUCUUAUGGGUUAAAAGCAUCUAUAAGUAUCCUAAAUGUCAUUCAUUGAGCCAGUUUUCUAAAUAUUCAUUUGCUCUCCAUGCCUCGUCUCCACCAUCCUUUUCUCCCAAAGUAAUUUUCAGUCUUUCUUCCUCACCCAACUCUGAAAAUCUGUUGAGCCUCUGAGGUCAACACUCUCAAAAGCUAACUUCAACUUUUCUCCUAAUUCAACCCCUGCCGCAGUGCUGAAGCUUUUAUCUGUGUCUUUGCUUCCUCUAAACUUGACUAUUCUAAUACACUAUUUCUGGCCUCCCACAUUCUCAUCUCUCUAUAAACCUGAGAUCAUCCAAAGUUCUGCUGUCCUAACUCCUACCAAGACCCAAUGGCUCCUCUGCGUUCGCUGACCUACUUUGGCUCCCAGUUCAGCUGCACAUCAAUUUUAAAAUGCUUAUCCUGAAAUCCCUCCAUGGCAUCAACCCUCCCUGUGUAUAAUUUCUGACAGCCCAUAAACCCCUGGAUUUUGGCACUCCUCUCACUUUGCUCUCUUCAGAUCCCUGACUUUAGUCAUUGCAUAGUUGAUACCCAUGCCUUCAGCUUCCAAGGCGUGAAGCUGUGGAAUUUCUUCUAUAAACCCCAUCUUCACUCUUUCCAUCUUUCCCCAAUUUAAGAUGCUCCUUAAGACCGACCUGUUUGACGAGGUUCUUUUUCAUUGUCCCAAGUGUCUCUUGAUAUGGCAGGCUGUCAUAUUCUGUUUGUCAAUGCUGCUUUGAAUGUCCUUGAGUGAUUCUCCUCCAUUAAAGGCUCAAUAUAAA